GCUGUAAUUUAUAUAAUCAUGUUGGCAAUUUCUAUACCCGGUAAUGCCUUAAUAGCAUUAGUCAUUUUUAAAGAGGCUCCUUUACGCACUCCGAUGAAUUUAUUGGUUUGUAAUAUAGCAAUAGCAAGUCUACUGAUUGGCAUAAUGAGAGUUCCAUUUAAAAUUUUCUCUCUAAUGCAUUUCAAUAUGGAUUAUCCCUUUUCUGUCGCCAUGUGUCAAUUCCAGCAGUUAUUACCGACCGCUGGAGUAAUGGUCAUUUCGUUAACUUUAACAACUAUCUGCGUAGAUCGCUAUAUAGCGAUUGUCCAUCCUCUUAAAAAAUACUUAAAACUUAGUAAAUGUAGAACUACCUUUCUCAUAUUUGGCUAUUGGAUGUUAUCACUAGCAUACUUUGCACCUUAUGCUAGCUUUAACGAAUUAUAUGAAUAUCAAUCCAGAAAUUAUUGUAUACCAAUCUAUCCAGAGUCGCCGGAUGAUAUUGUCCUUACUAGAAAUGAAACAACCGGUAAAGCUUUAUCUUCAAUCGAAUUGUCAAGGCUGAUUAAUUGGAUCUUCUUUGGAUCGCUAGCCUUUUUAAUACCAGCGCUUAUCAUGAUUGUGCUAUAUUCGAAAACCAUCUACACAUUAUGGUUUAGUAAAGCUCCAUGUGAUCGUACUCAAAUCAAUAUUCACCACUUACAAGAAAGGCUGAGAAAAAAUAGGAAAGCUAUUAAAUUACUCGUCGCUUGCUUCCUAUCAUUCAUUAUCUUCAAUACCCCUUAUUAUACUAUUUUUCUCCUUAUGGAUUUAAAGCAACUAACAAUAGAUCGUGCUUACAGCGGAAUUCUUAUUAACAUUUUAAUAUUUUUCAAUUACUCUUCCAUCGCUUAUAAUGCAAUCAUUUAUGGCUACUUUAAUUUAAGUAUAAGA